GAACAUGUUUCUGUGUAGCUACGUUAUUUUAGAGCUUUCUGGAUACACUAGAGCCGUGUUAAAAUAUUAAAUUUUCCCCAUUUACAAGUGGUGUAGUAGGUUUCGGGUGGAUCCUUCGAAUUUCAAAAAAAACAUUGAGGCAAACUCGACUUGAAUAGACUGAUGCUGUCAGCGACGGAAGAUUCAAGAUGAUGAGGGGGUUUGACUCUAUAGAAUCGAUGAAUGCCGAUGAGCUUCUAGUGAAGAGAAAAAGGGGAAGCAAGCGUUUUGUUGUUGGGGCCGCUGUCAUUGGGGCACUCUUCUUCCUGGUGGGAAUUCUGAUUGGUUUCUUCAGUCAUGAGACAGAGCAGCCGAUACCAGCGCCUCCACCCAAAAAAUUGGACCCUGCACAGUUUAUAAUUGAGAAUGUUGACGUCAAUUUCUUAAAGAACAAACUUAAGAAUUUCACUUCACAAGUUCGUACAUCAGGUAAUGAAGGAAAUAAUGAGUUGGCAGACAAACUCAAGUCCAUGUGGUCAGACAGUGGAGUGGAUAAAAUACACACUUUCAGUUACAAUGUGCUGCUAUCCUUUGCAAACCUUACAGAACCAAAUAAGGUUGAAAUCUUAAACAAAACUUCUGGGACAAUCUUAUUUACAUCUUCUGCCUUUGAACCCAAAUUGCAAUCAGAUGAAAGAAACAGCAGCACCUUGAGCUACAAUGCUUAUUGUCCAUCAGGCAUAGUCUCUGGAGAUGCAGUCUAUGUGAACUAUGGGAGAGUAGAAGAUCUAGAGUACCUAGUGAAGAAUUUGAGCCUGAACAUUACAGGACAAAUUUUCAUAGCAAGAUAUGGGAAAAUAUUUGCAGGCAACAAGGUGCUGAAUGCAGAAAAUUACAACGCGAGUGGGAUCAUACUAUACUCUGACCCUGCUGAUGUGAACCAAGCAAAAAAUAAAUCAGUUAAGCCAUACCCUGAUUCUUGGUGGUUACCCAGCACUGGCAUCACAAGGGGAACUGUUUAUAUGGGGACAGGGGACCCAAUGACACCAGGCUACCCAUCAACUGAUUAUGGAUUUUACAAAAAUAGGUCAAAAGAUAUUUUACCAAGAAUACCUUGUCAGCCUAUAAGUUAUGGAGAUGCUAUGCACAUAUUGGGUAAUUUAAGUGGACAUGCUGCCCCUACUAGCUGGAAGGGGACGUUACCCAUUGACUACAAAGUUGGUCCAGGGUAUGAAAACAACACUGAGCUGGAAUUAAAAAUGACAGUUAACAAUUAUUUGGAAACAAAGCAAGUUCAAAAUGUCAUUGGAGUCAUUCAAGGCAGAGAGGAACCAGAUAGGUAUGUUUUACUUGGGAACCACCAUGAUUCAUGGAUGUAUGGGGCAGCAGACCCACAGUCUGGUAAUGCUGCUUUGUCUCAAGCUGUUAAUAUAUUUGGACAGCUGCUAAAGAAAGGCUAUAGGCCAAGACGAACGCUUGUGUUUUGUAGUUGGGAUGCUGAAGAAUUUGGUCUCAUUGGUUCCACAGAAUGGAUAGAGAGUAAUUUAAAGAUAGUUGGUGCAAGAGUUGUGGCUUAUCUAAAUGUGGAAACAGCUGCCCUAGGGACUUUCACCAUGCAAGUUGCAACAAGUCCUUUACUUCAAGAUGCCUUGUAUGCUGCAGCUAAACAGAUCCCAAGCCCAGAAAAAGAGUUUAAAACAUUGUAUGAUUUAUGGUUAGCAAAGUCAGACAAAAAUCUGGAACCAAGGUUGAGUUAUUCUUUAGGUGGGGGAAGUUCUUAUGCUGCAUUUUAUCAACAAGUGGGGGUUUCUUGUGCUGACUUUCAUUUCACAUUUAAUGAGGAGACAUACCCAAUGUCAAAUUAUCCCUUGCAUCAUUCAUCCUAUGAUAAUUACUUCUCAUAUGAACAUUACCAUGACCCUGAAUUUAAAUAUGCCAAAGCCAUAACUCAGUUCUGGACAACUUUAGCAAACAACAUCGCUAAUGCACAGCUGCUGCCUUUCAACGUGUCCAGAUUUUCAUCAGCAUUAAAAAACUUUCUCACCGAUUUAAUGUCAAAGUAUGAAGAGCUCUGGAAAAAGAACCAAGUUAACUUGGAUGCACUGCUAUCAGCUGUGAAUAACUUCACAAAAGCAACAGAAGAGUUUGAGAGCCAGUUAGCAGCUGAGAAAGAUUUGGAUAAACAACCCUACAAACUUAGAAUGUACAAUGACCAAAUCAUGCAGCUAGAGAGAGCCUUUAUUUACACUGGAUCUCUUCCAGCCGGGUCCAGCUCUAGAAAUAUCAUCUUUGGUCCAAGUCAUCUUAAUUUCUACAAGGAUUCUUUUUUUCCUGGGAUUGUAGAAACAAUGUACACAAUAGAAAAAGGAGAAGAUGAGUGGAAUCAACUGAAACAGCAAGUUUUUCUAGCAACCUUUUACAUACAGUCUGCAGUUCAAACAUUAACAUGGGACUUGACUUUAUGAAGGGAUUAGGUUUUGCUGUACUUUUUAAAAAUUAAAUUUUAUUUAUUUAUGAGGCAAGUCUCAGAGUGUUAAAAGUUACCAUUAAAUAAAAUAAGCCUAAAUGUGUGUAUAUAUUUUAAAACAAAUUAUAAAAUGUACUUUCCAAAUAUUAACAUUGUUCAUUUAUAAAUUUAAAACUUCAUAAAUCAUAAACUAUAUAAUAAUGCCAAUUGUUUACUGUGUUAUUACUGAAUGUGAAAAACAUUAUUUUUGUUUUGAUUAACCUUUUAAAUUAUAUUAAGCUUUAAUAACGUUAGAGUAAUAAAAUAAGUGACAAAAUGUUUGCAUCCUCGUUAUCAGGAGGUAGAAUUUUAAAAACCACUUGACUUAAUUUUGGAGAACAAUUUAUCAGACAUUUGCUCUAACAAAAGCUUAAUUUUAAAAUACACCAAAAUGUUAAGAUACAUAACUAAUAGCACGGGAGAUAAAAAUUGUACUAAUCCAACACAGAAAUAGUUUUAAUAAUGAUGAUACUACAUUUUUUAAAUUUCUGCUGGAUCUCAUUUUUGUUUUGUCUCUGUCUGAAAAUUAAUGUACUUUAUAUAUUUUUCCAUUUGUAACUGUAUAGAAUGAUGUUUCAUUGACUUGAAUAAUUGUGAUGUGUUAUUGUUCUGAUACUAAUAUGCAAUUUAAAAAUUUCAAGAAAAGCAUUUACUACUUACACUGAUAGCAUUAUGAAUCACAUAAUUAAAUAAAAACAUUAUUUUUAUCAUAUCAGUAUAAUUACUGACUCUUCUUUUGAGAAUGGAUAAACAAUUAAACAUUUAUUUUAUAAUUCUAUACCAUUAUCCUUACAUUUAAAGUAGUACAUUUCUUUGUAAAGUAUUUUAUUCUAUGUUGUUGUAAAUAAUUCUACAUAAAUGUAGUUGAGAAAGC